AUGACCCGCGCCCAGCAGACCAUCUCAAUCGCACUCCUGGCAUCUUCUUUCUACCUCGCCCUCUUCCUUCAGCUCGUGCCGCUGCCCGAACUGAUUCAGACCGAAAUUGUUCCUGUGCUUCCAUUCUGGGCACUCGUCUCUUUCGGUGCCUUUCUUCUCUUCCGCCUUGGUUGGAAUGUCAUGACCUUCAACGACGUACCCGAGGCACACAAGGAACUCAUGGGCGAGAUCGAAAUGGCGAAGAAGGACCUGCGUGCUUUGGGAGUCGAUGUGGACUAG